AUGAGGCGGACCGCCGUCGCAUGGGGCGGCUUCACCAUGAAGUACAAGAAAGGCACCGGCCUGUGGGACGAGGACCACGUGAACGACUACAAGGCAAACCGCUAUCUCUCCGCCCGGGCCGCAAUGCGGUGGUACUACGAUAUGGAGCGGUUGCAGACCCGCAACAGUCUCAACGCGCGCCGCAGCACGCAGAGCCACAACAACAAUAUGGGUCUGCACCAUAGCGGGCGUGGCGCCUUUGAGCGGGAGGUGGAGCGGCGCGGCCUGCAGGUGGAGAAGUACGCGCUGACCACAACGACCGGGGCGAUGCGCGUGGCGGAGCUGACGUUGCUUCGACGGCUGGAGCUUGAAAAAAGGGCCGAGGCAGCGAUGGCGAAACAACGCGCGACUUUGCGGCAACCAGCACCGUCGGCGUGGUACGAUGAGACACUGGGGCCCCUGAACCCGGAGUUUCUGCGCCGGAUGCAGCCGCAUUAUGAGGUAGACAUCAUAACCCUGCCGGAGUUCCCACUUAUUCGUGAGACGCCGCAGCAGGAGAAAACACAACAACAUUUUCACGAGGAGGCAGCAUGA